AUGGAUAACCAGACUCAGACCUUGCCUCUGGAAGCACACUGGAAACCAGCUAUUCCGGGACUGUUCGCUCCAGUUCCAGAGAAAAAUGCCGGCAAAUAUGGUCGCAAUGCGAACAACAGCCAGAAAACGUGCUCCAAACAAACCACAGCAUUCUUCAAGGACAGUAUUCUGCGGGUUAGAGAGAGGAAUCAGAGACAAAGCGAGGCUCAAAAAAGACUGCAGGAACCAAACAUCAGCCAAGAAAGGCGAGGUCAGAUCUGGUCCAUCGCUGGCCGGAAAGAAGGGCAAUACCUACGGUUCUUGCGAACUAAAGACAAGCCGGAGAACUACCAAACAAUUAAAGUGAUUGGAAAGGGAGCCUUUGGCGAAGUAAAAUUAGUGCAGAAGAAGACAAACGGCCAGGUCUACGCGAUGAAAUCUCUGGUAAAAACAGAGAUGGUUCGCAGGGACCAGCUUGCUCAUGUUCGAUCAGAGCGCGACUUUUUAGCAGAGGAUGAUAGUCCUUGGGUUGUGAAGCUUUUUACCACCUUCCAGGAUGCGCAUGUCCUCUAUAUGCUCAUGGAGUUUUUACCCGGUGGCGAUUUAAUGAGCAUGCUGAUCAAGUAUGAGGUCUUUUCGGAGGAUAUAACCCGGUUUUAUAUGGCAGAGUGCAUAUUAGCCAUUGAGACAGUUCACAAACUGGGCUUUAUCCAUCGAGACAUCAAGCCGGACAAUAUCCUCCUAGACCGAGGCGGCCACGUUAAAUUAACUGACUUUGGCCUGUCCACCAGCUUUAAUCGCCUGUGGGACGACCGCUACUCCGAGAAGGGACUGCAGGGAAAGUCCGAUAAACCAAGGGACCGAAGUUCAGUCUCCAUUGACCAGAUCAACCUUACUGUGAGCAAUCGGUCGCAGAUCAACGAGUGGCGACAGUCGAGGAGGAUAAUAGCAUACUCUACUGUUGGAACGCCUGACUACGUUGCGCCUGAGAUGUUUACCGGCGCCGGUUACACAUUUAGCUGCGAUUGGUGGUCCCUUGGUGCGAUUAUGUACGAGUGCUUGGUUGGAUGGCCGCCGUUCUGUGCGGAGGAUGAUGUGACCACGUUUCGAAAGAUUAUGAACUGGAAGCAGACUUUGUGUUUUCCUGAUGAUAUUCAGCUUAGUGUGAACGCUGAAGAUCUUAUCCGAAGGUUGAUUUGUGAUCCUGCGGACCGAAUUGGACGUGGUGGCGCGCAUGAAAUAAAAGCACAUCCUUUCUUUCGAGGAGUUCCGUUUGAUAGCUUACGCCGUAUUCGAGCACCAUUUGAGCCGCAAUUGGCUUCUGAUGUCGAUACGAGGUAUUUUCCUACAGAUGAGAUCGAUCAGACUGACAGUGCCAGCCGACUUAAGGCUUUGACGAUUCAAGGCGAUGAGAUGCCGUUGGGGGAUUCGCUGGAGUUGAGUUUGCCUUUUAUCGGAUACACCUUUAAGCGGUUCGACAACAAUUUCCAGUAG